UCUUUUCUUGUAUUAGCUUUAGUUCAACUUUGAUUCAGUAAAAGAAACGCAGCAUUCUCGUGCACGUAGUGAACAUCGUUUGCAAACAAUAUAAAUAUAUUAUACUUUAAAGAAUGCCUUCUCAAAGAUCUUAUCAAGUCACUGCUAUAGAAAACAACAAAGUAGCAGAAUAUGAUCAAUCUUACAGAAGUUGUCUGUUAGCAUUAAUCAUAUUUUUCUUCCUCUGUAUUAUCCUCAUACUCGUCAGUUUACCAUGGAAAAAGAGUUAUGUCAAUCAACCUGAAUACAAAGGUGAACAAGUGGGAACAGCACAGCAUCAUCACCAUGAUCAUGAACACCAUACAGAAAGGACGACUACGACUACAAAAUCAAAUUAUUAUCCAAAUACUGUGGUCACUUUGUUCGAACCAAAGGAAACUAUACCAGAGUCUGAGACAUCUACUGAAGAUUAUAAUAUAGUAGACCCUACAAAUGAAAGUGGUAACUCGUCCAAAUUUGGGAAACUCUUAAAUGACGUUGAUACCACGGAAGGAGCAUCAAUAUCUCCAGUAAAUGAAGAUGAUUUAUACGGUAAUCCAUCGACAAUUAAUCCAAGUACUGAAAAUGUAUCAUCGAUCACUUUGUUCGAACCGAUAGAAACAAUACCAGAGUUUAAGACAUCUACAGAAGAUUAUAAUAUAGUAGACUUUACUAAUGAAAGUGGUAACUCGUCCAAAUUUGGGAAACUCUUAAGUGAGGUUGAUACCACGGAAGUAGCAUCAAUAUCUCCAGUAAACGAAGAUGAUUUAUAUGAUAAUCGUUCAACAAUUAAUACAAGUACUGAAGAUGUAUCAUCGAUCACAGAGCAGGAGAUCAACACCACACAAUCUUCAAACUAUUCUGUUUCCAAUUCCACAAAUCUUCAUUUCAUUACUGAAGAUACUUCUUCAGAAGUGUACCAAAGUACGACGAAUAAUAUAACAGAAAUUACCACCGAGAUUCAUCAGGAUACGCUUAAUCAUCCUACAAUAUUGAGUACAAUGAUGGAUGAUACCACAAGUGAGCCUCUAAUUACGUCCACUGUUAAUUCAAUUAACGAGAAAAUAUGUACAACAGGCGAAUGCAAAAAUAUAGCCAGCAAAAUGUUAUUUUACAUGAAUCACACGACUGAUCCGUGUGAAGACUUUUACGAGUACGCUUGUGGUGGUUUUGAAUCGAAUCCUCAGACUGUUGAUCGGAAUUUGGAACACGUAGCUUAUGAGCGGAUAUUAAGGCAAAUGCAGAAAGAACUUCGUCAAGGGAAAUCCUCUCUGUUCGCCAAAUACUAUAACAGCUGUCUGCAAUACGAGAACAUUGAGUUAACUGAAAGGAUAAAGUUAGCUAGACAGGCGUUGGACAAAGUUGGAAAGUUUUACACCACCGAAGAUUGGACGAAAAAUCAUACAAGCUUUACCGAGCUUCUCGCUAAACUAUUGUUACAGAACAGCGCAUUACUGUUCGAUCUUUCUCCAGACCUAGACGAGUAUUCACCAAAACAUUUCACCCUUAAGAUAGGACCGACCACGUACAAAAAUCCUUUUGAAAUAGAGGAAUCGGAUGAUCCUUGUUACGCGAGCGAAUUCGAAAGAGAACAAGAAACGGUGGAUUUAGGGAAACUGUACAAUGAAUAUAAAGCUUGCAAAAAUGAUACCGAGAAGUUUAUAAAAUCCAUUUCAAAAGCUCUGACAGCACUCGGCGUCUUUAGUGAGCUAAACUCUACAUACAACAUCUUGCAAAAUGUACAGACAACGGUUAUUAAAAUUGAUUUGGAAAUAGUGCAGAAAUUCUUCGCGAAUUACCCGUCUAAGGAAAAGAUUCGCGAGGCUUAUCUAAUGAAAAACUACACAAGAGUCGACAUAGAGACGCUGGAUAAAAAUUACAAAGUCGUGAAUUGGACACAAUUAAUUUAUUUAUUAACUAAGAGACAAAUUAAACCGGAAGCUCGGGUGCAGGUUUACUUCUACGAUGCUCUGGCUCAAGGACUGAAAAGCCUGGAAAAGUUCAAAAAUGAAGAUCCUAUGCAAUUAAAUAACGCACUGUUAGGAUUGUAUGCACGCAAUCUUUAUCACGAGCUGGUUCUGCCAAAGCAACGAGAAGCUAAAGAAUAUUGCCUUCGAGUAGCUGUUAACGUUUUAAUCCCGGAAGCAUCGGAUUUGUACGUUUCCUCCUUUUCGAGAGAUCAACUCGUAUACAUAAAUAAAACAAUACACAGAUUGUUUGAUCAACUUAAAGAGACUCUAAAAUUAAAUGUAAAGGAGGUAGAAUGGGCCGCACCGAAUGAACGCAAUGCGUUGAUCGCUAAAAUAGACGAUUUGAAAAUUGCUGUACCUGAUAUUUCCUAUUUAACUAACAACACGUCUACUUACAGAAUAACUAAAGCAAACGAGAUCGAUUUAUCAGACAAUUAUGUCGAGAACUCUGUCACAUUGAUGCAAAGGUAUCGACGACUAAUAUAUGCGGAAUUAUUUAAAAAUCCAGGUGACCCUGAACAAACAUGGACUCAUUACGCAACACCGUUCCAGUCCAAAGGGCUUGCGAUUUAUGGAUUAAAUCUUGUUGUGAUACCGUUCGGUGUGAUCGACUGGUCCACGAAAUAUGAUGAACUCUCGUUUGAUUACAUAAUACUGGCGACACUUGGUAACGUGAUAGCACAUCAAAUUGCUCAUCACUUCGACGCAAAUGGUAUCUAUUAUUGGAAUGGAACUCGAGACACCGAGAACUCUUUGUUGAGUGAUAAAGAGGAUUACAUUAACAAUGAGAGAAAUAUUCUUUAUCAAAAUCCUAUGAAUAUGACAAUAUCGUCUUCAGGGCAGACUGUCGCUUACGAGAUUUUGCAAUUGAGUCUAAACGAACGCCUAUCCGAAGCAAUGGGGCUCAGAUUGGCCUACGAUACUUUGGGUCGACUGAGAUCUCCCGAGGAAGUUCAUCUUCCGUGGCUUAAACUUAAGUUCGAUCAGUUAUUCUAUCUCACCUACGCUCAGAUGCAUUGUACAAAGUCACCACUUACAUCAUCGUAUAUAUCACUGUACGAGAACGAACAAUUACCAAGCCGAAUUCGCAUCUUUGUCUCGGCGUCCAAUAACAAGCUCCUUGGUAAAGCUUGGGACUGUCCGGAAGGUUCACAGAUAAUGCCAAGUUAUACAUGCACUCCAUUUCCAUAUCUUCAGUGUAACUGAAUUAAUUGUAACACGUAAACAAUGCAGCGACCAAUACUUUGUAAGGAAGCAUAAUUAAGUGGUAACGACGCUCUUCAUUUAUUCUCAGGAACAAGAUUUUUUUUCAAUAAUAUUCACACACAAACAGACGCGGUAUCCAAAGUUCAAAAGAGCUCAUACAUUCGUCAGUAACUUACUAAGUUCAAAUAGUCUUCAGUGUAUGCUCUUAUGAUGCGACUAGAAAGUUUAAUAAAUAAUUCACCCUUAA